AUGAUUUUAUCAGGAUAUUAGAAUUGUUGUUAAACUGUGAUUAGCCUAAUCACCUUUUGAACAACUUGGCCCAGUAGUAAUUCAUUAAUGUUAGAGAGUUUGAAGAGACAUUAGACAUGUAAUUUAUCAGUAAAACUUCUUUGACUUCUUUAUUUUAAAUAUUCAAUCAGCCCAAAAAAUAGUUUGUAAUGCAGUAAAACUUUCAAAAACGAACAGGCUUAGUACAAUUUUCUGCUUAUUAUGAAUUGAAUUAAAAUUCUGAAAUUUGGCUCAUCCUAAUAUAUUUUGAAAGUCUAUAAAAAAUCCUGAUAUAGCAAACUAUCCCCUCUCUGGAAUUCAUUAUAAACAAGUGUUAUUAUAUGCUGUUAAGGUGAAAUAUUCUUUGCCUUGAAAAUUUUAGACAAGUGAAAUCUCUUCUUAUAAAUUCACAAGACAUGCAGGUAUGAAUUUUAUGUUACCUUAUAUUCACUCUUCUGGGUUAUGUAGCAUUCGGAGGUUUCAACAUGGUGCCGUCAUUACGUCCCCUGGAAACCCUACACAACAAACUAACGAUGAGAGAUAUGGAUUUAUUCUUCGGGCGAGUCACCACUACCAAGUUUACCGCAGUGUCCUCCCCGCCCUAUGGGUCGUCAUCAACCACACCUGUCGUCUCGCCAAGACCACCCACUUUUAUCAAAGGUACAGGUAUCAGCCUGCCUUCCUCGAGUAACUCCAGCGCUGGUCCUUCAUCACCAACAUCAGGAUCAACACCAGUCGACCUCGUCAGUCAGCUUCGUCUCUAUAUCAAAGAGAUAGAUUCUGGUCAAUCAGAAAUGCUGACAGGACAAUCAGAAACUGAUUCCAGCCAAUCAAAUGAGUUGACUGAAAAUAAAACCGACAAUUUUGGUAAGACCUGUCCGGUGGUCGCAGACACUGAUGUGGCUAAAUCGUGUGAAUACACUGGAAAUAGAUUCAAGGUCAGUCAGACAGAGAACGGAACACUUCCAGUUAAGUCUGAAAAAAGUGACCAAGCAGAAGUCGCCGUUUCUAAAACAAACUGUCAGCCAGACUGGGUUAGUUCUGAUACACAAAAAUCAGGAAUGGGAUCAGAUACAAAAUCAAAACAGAUCAAUAUGGAACAGGAAGUGACAUCACACGAAGAAAGAAGUAAUACUGAGUGCUCAGGCGGAACUGAUUACGAUAAAAAUGACAAAGAAAUCGAAAAAACGAAAAAGUCAAAAAAUGAUAAAUUUGUAAUAGAUACUGUAAGUGAUGAACAGCAUCAUUGUUGCAAAUAGCGGAAUCUCAGUUAUUCAUGAAAACGUUUUUAAUUGGUUUGAUAUGUUGGUGUUGACCGCCACCACAGUUUAAUCGAAAGAUUUAUCUCUAAUAUGAAAUAUAUCUGAUUAUCAACAUAAAAAAAAUAUAUUGUCACUGCCUAUGUCAUCGUAAGUGGUGAUGUAACUUCACUGCAUGGGAAUCUGUCGAUUUUUAGGUUCUGGUGAAAGUUAAACAAAGUUGGAAUAAGUUGUAGCGCAUCGCAGUAUGAUAAGUUAUUCCUGUCGCUGAAUACCCACAAAACGUGUUCUCGUUGGAUGCUGAAUGGAGCAUCAUUUAUGGAUUUAUUUUUGUGUGCUUUUGCACAGCUAUGAUACUGUUAAAGAUAGCGACAUAGAAACACUAUACACUAAUAGAUGAAUAUCAGUAAUACCUUUUCCUAUGUAUUAACUCUCAUGGUAUAUAUAUAAUUAUCAAUAAUAAUACUUAUGUAGGAACUCUCAUGGUAUAUAUGUAAAAUUAUAAAUAAUAAUUCCCUUUCCUAUAUAUAGUAACUCUCAUGGUAUAUAUAAAUAUACAAUUAUAAAUACCGGGUAAUAUCUUUUUCCUAUGUUGUAAUUCUCAUGGUAUAUAAAUAUAUAUAAUUAUAAAUAAUGACUUUUCUAUAUAGUAACUCUCAUGGUAUAUAAAUAUAUAUAAUUAUAAAUAAUGACUUUUUCCUAUGUUAUAAUUCUCAUGGCAUUUACCUUUUCUAUUACUGUAAAAGUCACACACAAUUUUUCCCUGUAGGACUUAAUUGUGUUAGACUUUUAACUUUUUACAUCUAAUUAUACAUGUAUUGGACUCGGUUGUUGGGAUGUGACAUAUUCUAUUAUGAUGAUUGUACAAGUUUUUAAGUGUGAAGUAUUCAAAUAUGAUUAAUGUACAAGAUGUUGAGAUGUUAAUUAUUUUAUUAUGAUAAUUAUGUGAGUUGUGGAGAUAUGAAGUAUUCUAGUAUGAUAACUGUGUGAGUUGUGGAGAUGUGAAGUAUUCUAGUAUGAUAACUGUGAGUUGUGGAGAUGUGAAGUAUUCUAGUAUGAUAAUUGUGUGAGUUGUGGAGAUGU